AUGCCGUUGACGGCCUCCGCUGCUGGGGUCUCUGGCUCGAGUCCCGCGGCCCACUCGAGCCUGGUCGGCGGCAGCCAAAACGCUGGUCCGUCGCGGAGUGGGCAAAAGGAGGCAAGCGAAGCGGCAAGUCGCCAGUCCUACUUGACGGAGCGCAUCGCUCCCGCGAGUCCCGCGGCCGCAGGAGGGGCGAUCGUCGGGACCGGGUCUUCCGGCGGUGGUUCGAUCACGUUGCCGAGUGGUUCGCGUCCAAACUGUCUGCAGACAGGGCCACAGCAACAGCAGCCUCCGCGACAGAGCAGCAUCUUCGCGCAGAUGGACCGGCAGUCGAUGCAGUUGGACAGUCAAGGGACGAGUCAGCUCGAGGGGGUCGCCAUCGAGAACCGAGCGUCCAGAGUGAGUGUGUCGGAGUGCGGAAGAAGUGGAGCUCCAAGGCUCUCGUAA